UUAACACAGGUCAUUCGCUAACACUGUGCAUAUGCUGAAAAAUGGCUGACACUUUUAAUUGCCGAAUCAAGUGAUUGUUUUAGUGUUUUUUGUUUGCUAUAAUGCUAAAAUAUGCACAAAAUUACUUAAAUCUAAAUAACGAAUGUAAUUUAAUGCUAUACUAAUUUAAUAUAUGUGUUGAAACACAAUAAAAGAAAAGACUGCGCACAAAGUAACUGCACAAUAAAGUUAUCCAAAUGAUGAACAACCAUUUUCACUUGCAACCACAUGACCACGGCAAUGCGUCAAAUGUGGCGCCGCAAUUUGCUGGCGCUGUCGCUGCACCUACAACCACAUACAGCUAUUUAACACAACCAUCAGCUGCGACGCCAAAUCGGCAGCAAUGGUUGACCUAUCAAAUUUUGCCGCCCCCUCCGCCAACACUUGCGACAAAUACUGUCGGCAGUCUACCGCCGACACUAGGCGGCGCGAAGCGUUAUUAUGCAAAUACAGCAACGACAGGAGCAGCAACGCAUCCGAGCAGCAUUCAAAUAACCAACAACUAUACGCAGCAGACGCAGCCGCAAUCGAGUCCCUUUAAGACAAAUAACAUAAACAACAUACGCAUUAUAAGCACAGCACCCAAUGUUUAUAGUCUUAAUAAAUCAACUGACCAAUUAAAUCAGCUAUAUGCCACGCCCACAUCGUCGACUGCCGUUACUCCUGCCACGGAAUUGUAUGCACCAGUUGGUACCUACUAUGCAACACCACCAAAUCUACAGCCCAAACUACAGCCACCGCCGCUGGUGCCAGUAAGCAAUAAUAACAAUAACAACAACAACGUUGCAAUUAGCAAUGUCCCAAAUAAUGCAGCACCUUCGUCGACCGUCGUGCUGGAUCGCAUUAACAUAUGCAUCAACAAUCACUACACAGAACCAAAUCUUUGCCAGCCCUCGCCCAUUAUACCCGCUAUACAGCACAAAGCAAUUCUGCCGCUUAUUGAUAGCAGCACAGCUGACAGUAGUUGCAGUAGUAGCAGCAGCUGCUCGACAGGUCGCAGCAGCAGUGCCGCCACUGCUGCUGUUAUAGUUAUAGACGAGCCGGACUCCACAACAACAACACCGCAUACACCGCCCACAACACCAGAAACAUUAAGCUCGCCAAUAAAAUCACCCGGCAGCAGUAAUAGCUGCGUGCUCUCGCCAACGACACUGCUGAAGCAGAGCUUUAACACGGUCACGCAGAGCAUUGAGGAAGCAGUUGAAAUAUCAGUGGCUACUGCGGCACCACCCACCCCACCCACACCACCACCGGCAGCACACAGUCCCGCACCGAUCAGUUAUGCGCUGCAGGAAGAUGUGUUCAUAAAAUGCAACGAUGGGCGAUUCUAUUUGGGCACCAUAAUAGCACAAUCGGAUGAUCAGUAUCUCGUGCGUUUCGACGACAAGUCGGAGCAAUGGUGCGAGCUGGAGAAGCUUCGCAAACUGGGUAACGAGCCAAGCACAGGCGGCACAACAGCCAACCAAAGUGGACCGAUGUGCGUGGCCUGCAAGCGGGCGCAGCACGAGGAUAUUGUCGAAAUUUGCGAACGUUGCGGCCGUGGCUAUCACCGUGGCUGCACCACCGAAAUCGCCAGCGGCAUCUGGUGCUGCAAACGUUGCGCAAAACCCAUGAAAAUGCAGCCAGCACUAGAGGCCAACAAACCGCCAGGCAUUUGCCGGCAGCUGCCCUAUCAUGCUGACAAGCUUAGCUGGGAUGAAAAGCAUCGCGUUAAUGAGGAACAAAUUUAUUGCUAUUGCGGAAAGCCUGGAAAAUUCGAUCACAACAUGUUACAGUGCUGCAAGUGCAAAAACUGGUUUCACACCCAAUGCAUGCAGAACUUUAAGCGCAAGCUGCUGCGCGGUGAUAUCUUCUUUGUAUUCUGUUGCACUGUGUGCAAUGAUGGCGUUGAGUUUAUACGUCGCCUGCAGAUUGAUUGGGUGGAUAUGUUGCACAUAACGCUCUACAAUUUGCGCAAGCAUCAGCACCAAAAGUAUCAUCAUUUGUUAAAGGACAUUUGGCCGUUUAUACUGGAACAGCGACACCAGCUGCCCAUCUGCGAAGAGUGGCGCCAGUUGCCGGAGACAACACUGAUGGAGCGCAUUAAGCAAACGCUUAAGGAGUAUUCCGAUCGUUUUGUGUGCGGACGGGAAUUCAAGCGUGCACCAGCUUACUACGCAUUGCGGCACAGCGGUCCACCAUUGACGCCGCGCGUAUUUCUGCAGGCAGAGGACGUACUGUGCGAUGAACUGUUGCUUGACAAGUUUAAAUUGCUUUUGAUGCCAGAAGAAGAUGUGGAGCCCGUUCAAUUACAGUCAAAUGCAGUGAAAGAAAGCAUGACAACAAAAACUUCGACUGCGAAAGAUGUGUACGAGUUUCAUACGGAUGAUGACGAGGAGGAGGCAGCCGAGGCUGAGGCGGAAGUCGAUACCAGCGAAGAUGAAAUACCCAUCAAGCAGAUUAUUGACAAAGUCAAAAAGCAAAAUAAGCAACAGGAGCAACCGGAGACAUCGAUUGAAGAUCUACAGAUAAAAAACUCGGGUAAGCGCACGCCUGAUUUGGCAGAUGAUAAUGCUAACGAUGGUGAACCCAGCAAAUUGUUGGCGCCCGCUCCACCCCAGCUCGAUGCCACUGCUAACAUUAAUGGUAAUAGCAACAGCAAUAGCCGCAAACGCAAGGCAUUCCGCUUGUCGAAACGUUACGACAACAGCCGCAACUGUGAUCUCUCUUCAGAUGAGAAUUCGAGCAGCAGCCGUGGCACCAGCUCGCUGGAUCUCAUUAUACCGCCACCGGCAAAUUUUCUCGGUCGCAAUAAUCCCUUCUUAAUGGCUACGCCCAAGAAGUCAGCACAGCAACGCAAUGGAAGCGUCGGUGCUGGCGCAGCUGGAGUCGCGGGCAUUAUUAAUAGCAUUUUUAAGCUAAAGAACGUGAAGCAGUUGGGCAGCAUUGAGUUGGCUAAGGCAACGGCAGCCGCACAACAGCCACGAAUGGUCCGUACCAUUAAGCGAAGACUGAGUGCCAAAGAUAUUACCAUUGGGCCUAAUCAGGAGGUGCGCAGACGACGCACUCGUCGUCUGACCACGGCCGUUGAGGUGAUCAACACGACUACAAUUAAUCCUAUACCCAGCCACUACUUUCCCAUAUAUGCCAAAGAUCUGCAGCCACCUGCGCCACUGCUUCCUCCAGAGAAGCCCACCCAUGGCCGUUUGUUGCGCCAGCGACCGCAGAAGUCUCGCUGUGGCACACCGACAGACAGUCGACGCAACUCUACCAGCUCCACAGUAACAAAUGGCAGCAGCAGCACCAGCAGUGGCGGUGCUCCCGCCAAUGGGCAUUCAAUGCUUGAUCUAAAGCAGUCAGUGAACAGAUACUUUGGUGGAGCCAUGAAUCGCAUCGAUGCCGGUGAAUCUUUUGCCAUUCGCGCCAAACGUCGUAUGUGCAAUGGCCAGGUGCAGUAUUUAGUUGAGUGGGGUAGUGAUUCUGCGACUGCUGCUGCUGCUGUUGCUCUCACAAACGGAAUCUAAGCAUUUGGCAACUGAUGCUGAUAACUGAUUACUAAUUACUUAUUAUUUUUCAUUAAUGGUAUUUUUUUAGUUAUGGUUUAAUCUGAAAAUUUGCUGCCAGGUUUUUAGGCCCAAUUUUUGUUUUGUUAAUCUUAAAAAAAGCCACUGCCAAAAUAGCAAAAUGUUUUUGGCA